AUGGCCGCUCCAGAAGCGCAACCCGAACUUAUGGAUGAUGAAAAUGAGCAACAAUCUGCAAUGGAAGGCAACGACGAGGCAAGGCAACCACUAGAAGUAAACGUCCACGAGCUAUUCGCCGAGCCGGAACCGCCAGCACCCAUUGAGUGGCAAGGACUCCUACCAUUCAUUGAAAACAAAAUCAAGGAAAUGGUAAAAGCCCAGGAUACCAACUUCGCUAGAAUCAACCGGCGUCUCGAUUACUUGGUGGACACGGUAAAUAAAGUUGCAAACCGGCAACACCGAAUGAAAGGAAACUUACGGGAAUUAGUGCCAGAACCUGAAUUCGGAGCCAACAUCCCACCGAUGGAAGCACCAGAGCCAGCACCACCGCAACAACAAGGCAAUCAAACUUGUGCAACAAGGUAA